CGAGUGACAACACAUCAAUGUGUUUCCAGUAAGUACGUGUGGUUCAACUUGAGGCUCCUUCACUUCAAGGACAGAGAAACAGAGGGAGAGAGAGAGAGUGGGGUGGGAGGAUCACUCACUCACACUAUUUACCCAUCAUCCACCAAAUCAGUCAUGAGUCUCCUUGCUGCUUGCUCAUCUCAUCUCAGAUAGAGACAGAGAUUGAAAAAGCAUAAUGACCAGAAUGCCCUCGAUGGCAUUAAUCCCUCAAUCCAAAACAAGAUGCAAGUCCUCCCUCCUCCUGAGUCGUCCUACUGGUGACUGGAACUGGCCGCCUCCCCUUCCCCCUUCCCCUCUGCACUGCCGACAAUAAUCUCCGUCAAUUAAAAAAAUAAAGAAAUGGGUGAUCAGCAGACGUUCUGGUGCCACGAAUGCGACAUGAGCGUGAGCCUGGUGCCUUGUUCUGCCCAGGAGACUCUGCUCUGCCCUCACUGCUUCAGCGAUCUCUUGGAGCUCAUGGAUUCUUCGUCUUCUUCUUCUGCUUCUUUUUCUGACCAUCAGCACAACUCACAAGACAACUUCUUGCUCAGCAGCCCAUUCCUCCACCGCCUCAUCCACCACCUCUCCACCCACCCCAUCAACCACGACGACCGCCUCCCUUCACCCACCGCCGCCGUCCCCCCUUCUUCUCUGCCUGCCUCCAAGGCCUCCGUCGACGCCAUCCCCACUCUCAAGAUCACCUCCUCCAUGCUCGAUCUCGACCCCCUUCUCCUCUGCGCCGUUUGUAAGGACCCAUUCCUUCACUCCGUCGACGCCAAGCAGCUCCCUUGCAACCAUCUCUACCAUCCCCACUGCAUUCUCCCCUGGCUCUCUUCCCACAGCUCUUGCCCCCUCUGCCGUUUCCAGCUCCCCACCGACACUCACCAACCACACCUACGACACCAAAACCAAAACACCCCCUUGCCCUUCGACGACGACGACGAUCAGUACGAUUGGUUCAUGGAAUAUGGAUCCCGUGGGGGUAGUCUCCGCCUCAGCUACAUUGCUGCCAGUGGAAGGCAAAUGGCCAACCCAGAAGAAAUGGCUCCCGCUGCCUCCCCCAAUGUCAAUGCCAAUGCCAAUGCCGACUCAUCUUUCAACGGAAAUUUGUAGUUAGAUCUGUUUUGAGGAACCUUGAGCGUCACCAGAAAAUUGAAGUGUAAAUCUGCAGAGGAUGGUUGUGCUACUUUUUCCUGCUUACGUUUUCCUUGGUCUAGGUCAACUAGUCAGCACCCUGAUCAUAUGUGAUAAUCGUGCAUUAUCCCCUCCCUUCUCUCCUUUACAGAGCUGGGGUUAAAGUAUGUGUAUACCAUUUUCGUCUUCAAUUUCAGUUAAUAAAUGAAAGGCUUGUCUGCCUCUUUGGU